AUGGAGACUUUAGGAGACCGUGGAUGCGCCAAGGCAUCCGAGUUCAAUGCGCAAGCGAUCUCCAGCAUGGCAUCGUUCAAGCACUUGCCCCUCUUCUCCGCCUUGGCUCCGGUCGCAAAGGCCACCCUGCCGGAGGCGAAGAUCAUCGAAGGGACUCAGCUCUUUUGGGCUGUGGCCACCGUGGAAUAUCAAGAUGAGGAUCUGCUGCACUGCCUGAGUCGCUGGAGCUUGGAGCAGCUGCACCACUUUGCCCCACAGCAGCUGGCGGGCGUGGCAUGGGCCUGUGGCAAGACCAACACGGGAUCUCCGGUGAUAGAUGCCAUCACCUCCCUGGUCGCCUCCCAUGGCAUUUCCUUCGCUCCGCAGCAGCUGGCCAUCACUGCCUGGGCGGCCGCGGCGCUGCGGCGGAAGCAGCAGCCGUUCUUCGACAUGGUGGCAGAGGAGGUCUUAACGUUGCAAGAUGAGCUCAGCACGCAGGAUAUUGCAAACCUGGUCUCGCCCUCAGCCUGGUCCCCCGCCACCACCGCCUUCACCGCCCCUCCCUGCACCGCCGCGCUGGCUGCCGCGGCGCAGCGAUUAGUGGAGGAGAUGGAGCCGCAACACUUGGCCAACAGGUGGGGUCGGGUUUUUUUUGGGUCAGCAAUGGAUUUUGGUGAUUUUUAA